GAUUUUUUGUUCGGUGACGGAAAAGAAGUCGUGUCCUCCCAUCUCCACUUCCACAGCAUCGCACACGCAACACAUAUCUCUCGCUCUCUCUUUCUCUCUCGCGCACACACACACACACACACACACAGGGCUGCUCCCAGCUGUGUUUUCACAACAAAUAAAGUCUCAACUUUCAUAAAAGUAACGGAAUUAAGUUCUCGUUUCGACCAUGCCGUCGUCCAAAGCGCUCGAAUAUGGACGGGACUUCUUUGACUUUUUGGGGGACAGAAGGUCCAUCACUCACGAGAUAGAGCUGAAGAGAAUCUACGACUUUGAAUUCAUGUGCAGAAGAGGAAAUGAAGGCCCCCAGUUCUCCACUGUUAUUUCUGCUCUUUUGAAGGCAAAGAAAGCCUAUAAAACCGAGGGGAGAAUCUACUUAAAUGACAUUAAGGUCCAAGUGAACUAUGACCAGUGGCGGAGGAGGCCCCGGGCCUCUCAGUCACACAGCUCCAGCACUCAGAGCACAGCCAUGAUGCCUGCAGCCUCCUCUAACUCCCCGACCCUUAUGGCCCCUGUGCUGACCUCUGAAAAGAAGCUGGCUGCAGAAGUCCUUCACAAGUUAAAAACUGAGAAGAAAACGCUGAAAGCUAACAAGGGGGGCAUUGAGAUCACCUCAGACCCUGAGGAGAAGUUUGGGAGGGUUCGGCUCACUGUUGAUGGUCUAGGAGAGUACGUCAUCAAGUUCCUCAUCGUGAACAAGGGCGCAGACUCUGUCCACUUCACCUUAUACACUGUCCUGCAUCAGCUUCGCUGUUUUACUCUGAAGGGUAAGAGUGUGACCAGGGCCGCUCCACUGCUCCUCUGUUCAGGUGAGAGCUAUGAAGUUGAGGUUUGGUGCAAGCUUAAGGAUUAUGGAUAUUUCCCGACCACAAUUUACUUCGAGUUCUGCCCCAGUGUUGCACAGUCUGCGCACUUCUGCAUUGUGAGAGAGAUUGCAGUUGGUGCCAGGACCAGCCUGGCUAAGGAGCUGGGGUCUGUGGUUCCUUACAAACCACAUGAGGUGAUCAAACACAAGCCAGUCAAGAAGACCUUGAUAGAAGAGGGAGUACCUCCUGAAUAUUCUGGUGUGUAUUGUUUAAUGGAAAUGAAAUUAGGAUCCUACAGGUGUCCGCAUUAUCUGAAAGAACUGGCUAAACAAAGGUUGGAGGACUCCAGUUAUCUCUCUCCAACUGCAAAACGGAAUCUUCAAUCAGUGAGGAGCCUCCUCCAGUCUUCCCUCGAGAUGCAGAACUACAGUCAAAGGUUUCACCCGCUGCUUCACCUGGAGGAGUUACAGAUGGAGGUGGACAUUGGAAAAUAUGACCUCCACGAUCAAACCAUGAGUCUUGACCCAAGAAACAGAGAUCUGGUUACACUCAAUGUUCCUGGCGUCGCAGAGAAGCGUCCAUCUGUAUUUCGAGGAAGCUGUGUGAGGGUGUCCAAAUCUCAGGACACGGAGCAGCCAGUCAUUGCAUACACUGGAUAUAUUCACAAAGUAGAGCUUGACACUUUGAAGCUGGGCUUCUCAAAAAGGUUUUUGCAGAUAUUCAGGGACGACAUCAAGUUUGACGUGGAGUUCGUUCUCCACCGUUUGACCUUGAAGCUGCAGCAUCGCGCGGUGGACUUGGCACAAAAACAUGGGCUCGGAGAGGUGCUCUUCCCAUCUGGUCCAGCAGUCACUCGUCUCGCCUUACCUAAACUCAGCUUGUUUAACCAUCAGCUCGAAAACAACCCAGAGCAAUGUGCUGCGAUCCAGCACAUUGUAGCCGGAUCAUCUAAGCCAGCUCCUCAUCUGGUGUUCGGGCCGCCUGGAACUGGAAAAACGAUGACUCUGGUUGAAGCCAUUCAUCAGGUCAGCAAGGCAGACUCAUCAGUCCACAUCCUCGCCUGCACACCCCAAAACGCUGCAUGUGAUGAACUCUGGCAGAGACUGAUUCCGCCCAUGGGUCCUCACAAUGUUUACCGUCUAUGCGCCUUAAACAGAGACCUAAGCAGUGUUCCGAGGCAACUAUUGACAUAUUGUAACUGGGAUCAGAGUAAGGAUGGCUUUGUUUUUCCUAAAAAAGAAGUUCUGAUGAAACACAAAGUCAUAGUCACCACUAUGCUCACAGCUGGCAGACUUGUGUCGGGAGGCAUCCCGGUCGGCCAUUUCACCCAUGUGUUUGUGGAUGAAGGAGGCCAGGCAGUCGAGCCAGAGUGUGUCAUUGCUGUCGCAGGUCUGCUGGAUCCAGGGAAGGGUCAGUUGGUGCUGGCAGGAGAUCACAAGCAGCUGGGACCGAUCAUUCACUCUCCUCUUGCUUUGAAUAAUGGACUCGGGCUUUCUCUGCUCGAGAGGCUGAUGAAAACCAACACGUUAUAUGAGAAAAAUCAAGACUCUGGACACUUUGACAGCCGCUUUGUCACCAAACUGUUACGAAACUACAGGUCUCAUGGUGCCUUUCUGAAAAUCCCCAAUGAGCUCUUUUAUGACAACGAGCUACAGGAGUUUGCUGAUAGGGAGGAAUGUCAGGCUUACUGCAAGUGGAGACACCUUCCACAGGAGGGUUUCCCAUUGAUCUUCCACGGUGUGAUGGGGAAAGAGGAGAGGGAGCACAGGAGUCCAUCUUGGUUCAACGUGACAGAGAUCGACGUUGUGGUGGAUUACCUCAUUAAACUGAAGAAAACACAAGGAGAGAACGGUCUGCCCAACCUUCAUGCAAAAGACAUUGGCAUCGUCGCGCCUUUCAGAAAACAAAUUGAGAAAAUCAAAAAAGCCUUACAGUCUGCACCAGGACUGAGGAAAUGGACCGAAGUCAAAGAGAUCAAGGUGGGUUGUGUGGAGGAGUUUCAGGGACAAGAGAGGAAGAUCAUCAUCAUCUCCACUGUCCGCAGCAGCGACAACUACGUCAAGAUGGACAAAGAUUUCAACAUUGGAUUCUUGUCAAAUGAAAAGAGGUUCAACGUCGCUGUGACGAGAGCCAGGUCUCUGCUGAUUGUUGUGGGAAACCCUGUGAUCCUCAGCAAGAACCCUACCUGGAAGACGUUCAUCAGCUACUGUGUGAGGCAAAAUGGUUACAGGGGAAUUGAGUUCCAAGACAAGGGUGAAGAUGAUGUUCUGCAUCUCCUGAUGGUUCUGAAAAUCCGUGUGGACAACAAUCCUGUAGCUGAUGAGAAGUCUGUGCAGCAACUCUGUCAGCCUUAAAAUCUCCUCCAGGAAACCAACACAAAACUAUCUGCAGUGAAAUCAAGUUGUUAUUCGAUCAGAUUGGCGUGGACACAACACUGGUAUCUGCUUUUUAUGAAUAUACAUACAUAUAUAUAUAUAUAUAUAUAUAUAUAUA